AUGGCUACUUCUAAACAGCAAUACAAUCGGAAAAAGUUCACCAAGGAGUAUAAGGUGAAAGAAAUCCAGAAAAGUAUUACCAAGAAAACAAGACUUAAGAAAGAGUACUUCAAAGCUCUAAAGGAGGAAGGGUACGCUGUGCCGGAAAGGAAACCAAUAUCACAAGCUAAAACUAAUGUCAGAAAAUUGAGGGAGGAGAAGGCCCUUCAAGGGAAACAAAAACUUGAUGAGAAGAAAGAGAUGAAGAGGGAAAGGAAGAAGCUUCAGAAGGAACAAGUAGAAGAACGUAGAAAGCGUGAACUUGAUCAGAUAAAAUUAUCUAAGGAUAAAUAUGAGCAAAGAGAAAAAAGAAAGGUUCGUAUGACGCAGAGAACUAGAUCAGGUCAACCUCGAAUGGGUCCUAAGAUUAAUGACUUAUUAGAUAAAAUCAAAGGCGAUGAGACCUACACUCGAUAA